AUGGGAGCGGGUGGAAUAGCAGCAAAUGCUUGUCGAGGAACAAUGAUUGAAAUGAAAAAUUCGAAAUUAGCCAUCAAUCAGAAUAAUGAUGAAGCGGGAAAAAUUUCCGAAUUAGUGAGACCGAAAAAUAAUAAUACAAAAGUAUCGCGGAAAAUUCCAGGUACAACAUCGGUAACAUCAGGAGUUGCACGAGAUACGAUAAAGGGUAUUGGACCUCGGGCAAGUGGUUUACCACUUCAGAGUAGUUCAUCAUCAUCUUCCUGCUCCAACACCGCUUUGCAAGGAGUGAAACGAACGCCCAAUCGUGCUCCUCAAUCAUCUGCUGGUACCCAAUUAAGACAACCAACAAAUCUCGACCCCACCAAAAAUAAACGGUUAAAAUUCCCAAAAUUCUUUGCAUGUUUUUAA